GUUACCUUUCCAUGCAUUGAUUCUUGAGACCCUAUAAUAUUUUGUAAACUAAUUUAGGCCCCAUAAAGACUAUUUUACAGCACCAACAGCAGCUUAAGGAAGUGUUUUCUUAGUUUUGUGGGUUGCCAGACUACAGUUGCUCAACUUGGCAUUGCAAACCAUGAAGUUAGGAGACUGACUCCCAUCACGUUCCGUUAUAUGUGUGAAUCCAUAUUCAUCCAACCACUUUGUUUUUUGCUAGACAUAGUAUAAAGUGGGACAGAGUGGUCUAGCAGUAGGGAGCUUGACUGCUAACCCGCUUUUUCAACAGCAAUGACAGCACAGAAUGCAGGCAGUGAAUGUGUGGUGAUAGAAGAUAUUGAUUUGGCUGAUGAUGAGCCUGGUCCUACACGUUCAGUGUAUAGACCUUCCGCCUGUGCUUAUGAGUCUCACUGGUUUGAGCAACCAUUUGUUCGACCAUCUGAGCAAGUGGUGGAUAGCAGCAUCCCUGAAAAAUUCCUCGACAUAUUUAAGGACCUAAUUUGGAACAAGCCCCAUGACCGUAUGGUCCCUGGCUAUGGCAUGACCCCAAAGGAGCUAGCAAGUGUAUCAUCUGAUGGCCGGAAAGGUUGGCUGGUGUCGUCCCAUUUCUAUUGGCUAUCUAGAUGCAUCAAUCAGCAACAAGAUCACACUCUCUUCUUUGUCCUUGACCCUGGACUAAAGAAAGUUUCCCUGGAGAAAAUACUUAAUGGCAAGACUGCUAAAGAUGUCAAGCAAAUUAUUUUUGUAAUGAGCGUGGGGAGACAAGAUGAUGGAAUAGUUUUCCUUGGCAAUGAUAAAAUGCCAGGUGACCAUUGGUCAGUAGCUAUAGUGGAUAUUGUCAAAGAAGAGCUGUCUUAUUGUGAUACACUAGGGUGGCCAGUUCCAGAAAAACUUGAGUACUGCCUCUCAACAUACACAAGCAGCUUUGGUCUGUCUCACCAAAAACAGCUGCGAGUUAGAAUGGCGCACCAGCCCAACUCUGAGCAACAUGAGUGCAGUCCCUACUGCACCAACUACCCUCUACAAACCUGCUCUGAUGUAUGUGGUGUCAUUGCUAUGAUCUGCAUAGCCAUUGCUGCAUUGGACAGAGAUCUCUUUGAGCUUCUUAUGAAACCAAUAGAUAAAAAGUUGAAUCUUUACCUCACUGAUCCAACUGAAUACUCUUCCUACCUUCGUCAUGUUCUUAUUUACUGGCUGGCUAGUAAUCACAUAGACAUUAACAAAAUCAAACUAAAGAGUGGCUUCGAUCCCCAUGUGAGUAUUGGCACACCAAAAAUCACUUUAAAGAGAAAAUAUGAAUGUACUAACAAUGGUGACCACAACAGCACUCCUAAGAGAAUUGGUAAACCUAACAGAGAGGUCAGCCUGAAUAAUUAUAUCCUGGAUGCUGUAGAUUCUGAUGUCUCAUUUGAUGUGAUUCUUUCAGAUGUUUUCAAUAUAUUUGGUGAGGAAAUUUCAGAAGCCAAAAAUAAGAGAUUAGCUACUAAUUUCUCUUCUUUUACUUUAAACAACUCAAUUGAAAGAGAUAAACAAGAUGCCAUUAGCACAAAAUCUUAUGUGCAGGAAUUAAUUGAUCUUGGCGCUGAUAAUCCAAUUAUAUUAUUUAAACCCAAAGGGAAAGAAAUCAACAAUGCAGGAAGAGAAGAUGUCAUGAUUGCGCUUCAAACUGUUUAUCAAAAAAACAUGAUGUUAACUUAUGGGAGCAAAUGUGUAUGUGUUGAGCAGUCCAAGAAGAAAGAAACAGAUACAUUUAAUCUGUUAACAGUGUCUGUCUUUGUUGAGGGCACAGAUGAAUUGCCAGUGGCAUGGCUUAUCAGCAGUAGAAUUGAUAAAAAUGUAAUUGAUCAUUUUUUCAAAGUUUUGAGAGUGAAUGUAGGAAAUUUUCAGACUGAAAUGUUCAUUGGUGACACCAAUGGUAACUUUUUAAGGCAUUGGAUUCGAUAUUUUCCAAAGCCACAUAAGAAAUUUUAUCUAGCAUGGGAAAUUCAACAAUUGCUGCAAAGGCGACUAGAAAAGGUUGUAUCCAAUACUAAAGUGUGCUUUCAAAUUAAAAACUACCUCCUAUUUUUAUUUCACAUAACCAAUGUAAGAGCAUUUAAGGCCUAUUCUCAAGCCUUGUUUGAAUUUUUAAAACCAUAUAAAGAGUUUUUGGACUAUAUGAAAAGCAGCUAUUUUGAUGAAUCUAAAGAUGAGUUUUGGGCUUCCUGCUAUAGGCAUAUACCUGAAUCAAAGUUUGUUCCUUUUCUUCAGCCCUUUGAUCAAACCCUAACUAUGUUGGGAUUUUAUCAGAAGGACAAAUUGAGUCGAAGUGACAUUUUACUUCAUAAGCUACUGCAGUUUGGCAGGUUUAUGGAGAGCAAGCUUCUUGUCCACACCAGUCAGGUACACCUGCAGAAUGCUCUACGAGAUAUUAAUAGCAAACACAACGAUUGCAUGGGGAACUUGGACAUUUUCCAUUCUGCUUCAGGCGAUGAAUGGUUUGUUAGAGCAUCAGAGGAGACCAAUUCUUUUUCUGUGCUUGAUAGUGGCAUUACAAAUUGUGAAUGCCCCUUAAUGUGUGAGUCGUGCAAGAUUUGUGUUCACCGCUAUGUCUGCACUUGUGUUGAAUAUCUGAUGAAAGCUGCUUCCUGCAAACACAUUCACUUUGUCCAUGCCCACACACAGGUUAACAAAAUUAUUAAUAACUGAGGCUUUUUAAGUAGACAUUAAAUGGUAGGGUUUUUCUGUUUUAGCUACCAUUUCUGUAACCAAUACAGCUAAUCAGACAUAAAAAUAAGUCAUAUUAAAAUAUCUGUGCUUCAUUUUCAGUUCACCUGCAACCAUUGUAAUUAUAUAUAAUACAUGUCAAUGACCAGGGCAUUAUGUGGCGGUGUGUGUGUUUCAAUUUAAUUUAACCUGUUGAUUGUGGAAAUUUUUUCAGAACUGUCAUUAAGAUUAGCCAUCAUUGUUGGAUUUUAUAACUUAUGUUCUAGUAGUAAGUUUUAAUAUUCAAAUUUAUUUUCGCCUUCAAAUUUUUAUGAAGUUAAUAAAAUUUAGUAGUUUAAUAAGGCAAAAUAUUUGAUAUAAUUCGUUAGCAGAUGUCAAAGUAAAGCUUUGAUGCCUACAUCAGUAUUUUUCAUGCUUUUUUUUCCUUUUCUUAUACUAUUUGUUGGCCUGCUGAGUUUACAGAGACGGCCAAUGUUUACCAUGAAUUUUAAUUCAAUUGUAAAUUAUUGACUGUUUAAAAUUGUUAGCCUUGUCAAAAAUUCUUUACAAUAGAAUAUUGUUGUAAUAUUUUAUGUUGCCCUUGAAUUGUUUAAAACUUGUAUUAACUCUAUUUUUACAUUAGGUUUCUUGUUUAAAAAAACGUAAGAAAAGCUGAUUGUCAAUAGCUUUAUUUUAGCAAUUUGUUUUAAGAUCAGAGAACAAUGAUUUUAAUAUAAAAAAUAAAUCAUCUUAAUGUCAAUUUUGUUUUUACUACUUUUGAUCUUUGUAUUUUCUGCAUACAUGAAAAAUAAUCUCAAAUACAUUAACUGAUAAUUUAAAAAAAUUUAAAGUAGCUACAAUUGUAGAUGUGCCGCAUCCAAACUAAGUUACAAGGAAAUGCAAGAAAUCAGGCAUAA